CAUCUCCAAGAUUAGGUUUCUUGUUUCGAUCCACGACAGCAAUGGCGACUAGUAGCGGAAAGAUCAGGCUCAAGAGCAUGGAGGGUCACUUGUUCGAGAUCGAGAGGGACGCGGCCAUGUUGUCUCCUGUGUUAAGCCACGUGAUAGAAGACAUCGUCGACAAAGCUUCUUCUUCUUCUUCUGUCGUAGUUCCAGUCUUCAAUGGCACGACCAAAACCCUAGCGAAGAUCGUAGAGUACAUGAAGAAUCAUGCAGAAAACAAAGAUCAAGAGCGAACGAAGUUGGCGAAAGAGAAGUUGGAGUUCGUCGAAGGGUUCGAGGACAUGGACGAGCUGCUGGAUGUUAUGAACUUGGCUUCGUAUUUGGACUUGUCGGUUUUGCUUCGUCUGGUCGCGGCGAGAGUUGCGUUUGUGAUCAACGAUAUGACGGUGGAGGAGAUUCGUUCUCUCUUCAAGAUCCAAGGAGAUUACACGGUGGAGGAAGAGGCGGAACUCGGGACUGCAUGGGCUUUCUAG